GACGUACUUCAUGUCCGACCCUUUGUCCGCGUUCUGCGCGUGCGUUGCGCUCACAGAAGAAAAUGACGGAAACUGUGGCCAAAGUUUGACCGGAAGUGUUGACCUCCACCCCCGCCGCCGCAGUCAUGUCUGCGUUCGCUUCCGCCGCCCGUCGGUCGCCUUCUUCGGCCGCGUCUUCUCUACAAUCGUCGCGAGUCUUUGAUUUCGACGGUCUCGAAGAGAGUCUUGUGGACGACGCCCGAGACGACGACGCGACGGACGACGCACACGAAGACGAUGACGUCCCGGACGACGACGCGGACGACGCGCGCCAACGACUCGAACAAUCAUUUCAUAGAAUCCGAAACGCUUUGAUUAGAGACGCGACAAAUCGUUCGGACGAAGACAUUGACCUCAUCGACGACUUUCUGCGUCUUGUUUCCCGACAAUCGGCGCCCGAUCCCAGCGGUCAUCCCCGUCGCGACUCUGCCCUCGCGAGACACGACGCCAACACUCGCCGUCUGCUCGCGCGUCACAUGGUUUUGGCGGAGAUUGAAGCGCGAGAUACACGCGUUUUGACUCAUGGAGAACGACUCGACGCCUAUUGUGUGGUCGCCUGCGGAUCAUUACGUCACGUGAUUCCGUCGGCCGUCGUCUCGGACGACGACCGGACGACACGUUCAGAGGAUUCGUGCGUCGAUUGUGCAGACGGUGACUUGCAGUGCACUCAACGCCAUUUCCCAACCGAAAGCGUCCGCUAUUUGACGGUCGGCGACGAAUUCGGCGCAUCGCUGGACGACAGAGUAGUGUUCGGAGAGAUAUUUACAGCCGAAGAUUUUGUUUGGGUUUUAUGUGUUCCUCACGUGAUAUUUGACGACAUUUGCGGUCAAAAGCAGUUCCGAACUCUUGUGGACGACAACAAUGCUGUCAUCGAAGUUCGAGACUCGCAAACCAAUGAACUGAUUCGCGCCACACGUGACCGACUCGUCGAAAUGCUUUUAACAGAAGAGUCGUCGUCCGAGACGACGCCUGAUUCGGACGACGACUUUAUUGCAGAUUUUUUACUUACUUUUCGUCUUUUUUGGUCAGAAAAAAGAGAUCCAAACGAUCGAUGUGUGGAUCAACUGAUGGAAAGAGUUCUCGAAAGUGCAAGAAAUGAAAGAACUGCUGAUCGAAGUGUAAAAGUCGUGUUGUUAUGGCUUUCGAAUCAUUUUCAAGACUUUCGGCGACGAAAACAUCUUUUAAGAGCUUUUGAAACGACUUUGAGAUCAAAAAUUCAUAAAAAACUCUUUUAUUUAACGCUUUCCUCGAAAGCACGUGACAGACACGUGACAAUAACCCGUUCCGACCGAAACGCCGCGCUUCCGUUCUCUUUAAUCGGCGGAUAUGAAGUCCAAUCGCGACUUUUUGUAUCCGAAGUGUCCGAAGAGUUGUCCGAAGAUCUUCAACCCGGAGACCGUCUUUUAGCCAUAAAUGGCGUGGAUUGUCACGUGAUGGAAGUGGGACGUGCACUUGGGUUGUGUCGCGCGUCCACUCAUUUGUCUCUUGUUUUGCGUUUCGAUCCUUCGCUUUUCGACGCCUUUAUUGACGGUCAAAACGCCCGCCAAAAGUCGUCCACUUUGUCAGACACGACAACAACACCGUUAAUGACUUCAUCUCACGCUUCGUUCGCUUCUUUAAAACCUUUAAUCCCUUUGUCUUCGACUUUAAAUAAUCGAACGAUUGAUUCGCAAAACAAUAAUUCAAACAAUAAUUGGAAACAAAAAGUCAAACAAAUCGUUCAAAUCGCGAGUCAAAGACUCCAAUCCCACACAACUCCACCCACGCUUCCGCCCGACGCCCCCGACGCCACUCCCGAAGUCGUCAAAGUCUACUUUGAGUCUGAUUUUCGGUUUCUUCCCGUUAUGAAGACAACGACUGCUCGCGAAUGCAUUCAAUUGGCGUUAAUUGAGUUCCAAUUAUCGCAAUUUUCUUCUCGAGAUUUCGCUCUUUUCGAAUACAGACUUCUCGACCGAAAACUCCAAACUUCGGCCGUAAAAAGAUUGUCCGAAAACUCACAGAAUUUGGCGAAUAAUCUCGGAGUCGACGCAAGACUUGUCCUCAAAAGUGUCGCCGGAGAUCUCAAACAGAGCGCAGUCGCAGACGACGACAUCACUCGGGAUAUCGCAAGAGAAUCCACUGACAAUUCGCUUCUUUCGCUCGACGGAGAAGCCAUUGCACGAGAACUCACGGACAGAGAUCUGGAUCUGUUUGGACGCAUUGAAGCGCAACAGUUUGUUCAAGACUUGGAAGCGUCGUCCGGGACGACGACGACGACUGCGACGUCCGGAACGACGGAUGAAUUGAAAGCAUUUGAAGAUCGAACCAAUGAAGAGAUGUUUUGGACCAUUAAUUGUGUUCUUUUUGCUCACGAAUCGCCACAAAAACGCGUAAAAAGUGUGAAACAGUUGAUCCGAGUGGCGCACUUCUGCAGACAAAUGCAGAAUUUCAACUCUUUGUUCGCCAUUUUGUCGGGUCUUUCUCAUUCGGCGGUUGAAAGACAAAAGACAUUAUGGGAUAAAUUGCCGAAUAAAUCGCUUCAGAAGUUGCAGAAAUUGUAUCUUCUGAUGGAUCCGUCGAGAAACUUCCAUUCGUUUCGUUCUUGUGUUCGAAGAUGUCUUUCACCUGUUAUUCCGUUCUUUCCUUUAGUUAAAAAGGAUUUGUCUUUCAUUUGGUUAGCGAAUGAAAGUCGCGUUCAAUUCGAAGGACAGACACUUAUUAAUUGGCAAAAAAUGCGUUUAUUGUCCACUAAUAUCCGAGAAGUGACCAGAAUGGCGCAAAUGGCGUCUCAAACACCGCAAUCGCCGAAAGAGUCGCAAAAAACCGAUUCCUAUAGAAAGCUUUGGGAAAAACAACGAAUGAAAAAACGCGUUCAACAAUUUCUGGACGCGUCGUUCACUCGAAUCGUUUGCGACGAAAACCUUGUUUUAGCCAAAAGUCUUGAAUGCGAACCUCCGCCGCAUCCGUCGUCCGGGACGUCACGCGCCUCCACAACCACACUGUCGUCGUCCGCGUCUGUCGUCCAGCCGUCGCCCACUCUCUCAUCGCAUUCGUCGUCUCCAUCGCUUUCCUCCUCAACAACUAACUCUUCAGCCGAUAUCGCGUCCAUCGCUUCCGGUCAGAGAUUGCGUCUUCGUUUCGGUCAAUCCAACGAUUCGACGGCUUUGCGUAAACUCCUGGCGCUCUCCGACCACUGCGUUCAACACCCGACUCCCCGUCCGCCAUCGUUGACUCCAUUGGGACCGCCGUUGACUCCCGAUCCGUUUUAUGGCCACUAUUUGACGGCCGAAACGCGGUUUUCGUCGCAUUUGACAAAAGCUCUUCCGACACUGUCUUCCGAGUCGUCGUCCGUGACGUCAUUAAGACGUUUACAACAAUUACGAGAAUUAUCGCGAUUUCGUCACUCAGAAGCUCUCGCUCUGAGCGCCGCUCCGCCCCCUCGACGCCACCCGACGGGUCCGCCCACUUAUGACCAGACGAUUGAAAGACUGAAAAAGAAAUUAAAUAAAAACGAAGAAAAUGUCGUUUAAAUCAUGAUUUUUAACAAAUUUUUACACAAUUUUUGUAUUUAUUUCGAGAUUUUUAUACAUUUUAUAAAUAAAUUCAUUUUUUCG